CCACAGCAGCUACUUUGGUACGCUUUAUUCAUUUGAAGCGCCAUACGCAUAGGAGUAUAACGAGUUCGGAGACGAGUUGCCGUUCCUUAAAGUGAGUCAAUCGAAUGCAAAGGACAAAUGAACGCGUUGGCGUUAAUUGUUUUCGCGUUGUGGGCGCUGUUUAUGCGCUAUUUGCCGAAUAUUAUUCAGUUUUUGCGUAUAAAACGAUUUGCCUCAACUAUACCAGGACCGAGUAUUAGUGAAUUGAUUGAAAAUGCUAAACAAGGACAAAUACUUAAUUGGUUGACUUCAUUGCGCAAGAAACAUGGCUCAGUUUUCCGAGUAUGGUUUGGUAAAGAUCUUAUGGUUUUCUUUACUGAACCCGAGGAUGUUAAGCAAAUCUUAAGUAAUAACACACUACUCGAAAAAUCCAGGAACUAUAAAUUAGUCGAGGUUUGGUUGGGCAAAGGUCUGCUCACCAGCGCCAACGAGGCUUGGCAUCGUCGCCGGAAAUUACUCACGCCCGCCUUUCAUUUUCGCAUUCUGAGCGAAUUCAAAGAACCCAUGGAAGAAAAUUGCAAACAUCUCAUUAGCAUAUUGCGCGAAAAAGCUAAUGGUGAGCAAUUCGAUAUAUAUCCAUACAUAUCAUUGUUCUCUUUGGAUGCAAUUUUGGAGACGGCAAUGGGCAUUAAAAAGAACGUACAAAUGCAAAGCGAAUCCGAAUAUGUAAAGGCUGUACAAACCAUUUGCCGCGUUAUGCACAAACAGUCGUUCUCAUUUUGGCAACGUUUCGAAUUUCUAUAUCGCUUUACCAAUGCGUAUAAAGAGCGCACCGAAGCUUUAAAGACUCUUCAUGGCGAGACGAAACGUGUCAUUAAAUUACGUCGCCAAAUGCUGCAGGAUACCCACAUACAAACAAUGGCGGAUGCAGAGAAAUCUGAUGACGUGGGCGUCAAGCGACGUCUUGCCUUUCUUGAUAUGCUGCUCAUCUCACAACUAGAAGGAGGCGACUUAACUGAUCAAGAAAUUCGCGAGGAGGUUGACACGUUUCUGUUCGAAGGGCACGAUACCACGAGCUCUGCAAUCGGCUUCUGUAUUUACCUACUUUCACAGCACCAAGCCAUACAACAGCGAGCUUAUGAAGAGGCGGUAUCGUUUGAAGGCCGCGAAAAGGAAUCGAUGCGUUACUUGGAGGCCGUUAUCAAAGAGACGCUACGCAUUUACCCCUCAGUGCCAUUCUACUCUCGUAGAGUGAAAGAAGAUUUACAAAUCGGUAAUAUAACAGUACCAAAAGGUGCUUCGGUCAGCACACUCGCCUAUAUGGUGCAUCGUGAUGAGAAAAAUUUCCCCGAUCCUGAAAAGUUCGAUCCGGAACGAUUCUUAGCUGGGGAGAAGCAUAUCCAUCCUUAUGCUUUCGUAGCUUUCAGUGCAGGACCACGAAAUUGCAUUGGACAAAAAUUUGCUAUGCUGGAAUUGAAACUUGCGCUCUCGUCACUUUUGAGGAGCUAUGAGUUUUUGCCGGUAGAUAACUUCAAACCCAAUGCGCUGGCUGAGUUGGUGAUGAAAAGUGGGAACGGCAUCCAGAUACGCCUGCGCCCGCGUUUUUGAAAUCCUGAUAGUUAAUAGAACGGAUAAUUUAAUCUAGCUAAUUUUUACACUUUUUUUUAUAAUUUUAGUUUUAGACGAAAUAAAGAGGACCUCCAAGCCCAAAUAAUAAUUAACCAAAAUAAUUAAAC